AUGUAUUGGAAAUCAGUCCUCACUUCGUCUUUGAUCUCUGCAGCACUCCUACCUGUGACCGACGCAAGCUCUAUUGGUGGCUUAGUCAAUACGACAAGCGGCUUGGUCCAGGGUCAUGCUUCUUCUCUCCGUCCUGAGGUCUCGGAGUACCUUGGAAUCAGAUAUGCGAAGCCUCCGAAGGGUGACCUUCGCUUUGCGGCUCCUGUCCCGGUGGACAAGAGACCUGGUAUCUUCAAUGCUUCCGCAUUCAGCCCGUGA